AUGCACAAGCGCUCGCUCGCGACUGCCGUGCUGUGCGGUGGCCUUCGCGUGGCCGCCGCCCACUCCGCCACAAACUGCACCGCCGCCCACUCCGCGCUCGUCGCCUUCGGCGAGGCGGUCAUGACCUUCAAGCCCCGUCCGGCCACGCCGGUUCACGUGGCGCUGCCGCUCGCCGCGCCGGCCGCCGAGGUGGUGCAGGCGGUCGGAGGAGCGGAGCUGAACGUCGCCGUCGCGCUCUCUCGCGUCUCCGCGGCCCCGAUAGCGUCAUACGUCUCUGUGCUUCCGCACGGGCCGCUUGGGGACGCCGUCAGAUCGGCCGCAGAGGCCUCUGGCGUGGCGACGGAAAACGUCGUGGUCGACGGGUCGCCGCACUCCGUCCUCGGGACGCUUCACGUCGUCGACGACGGCUCUGGCCCGCGGCCGCACUACCAGCGCCACCACUCGGCCUUUGCUACCGUAGCAAGCGGUGACACCUUCGACUGGCCGUCUCUCCUCUCGCCUGCAAAGUGGCUUCACGUGACAGGCAUUACGCCGCUGCUCGGGCCCGGUCCGGCGGCGGCGUGGUCGACCGCGUUGGAGGCGGCGGCGGCGACAGACGGCUGCGACGUCAGCCUCGACUUUAAUCACCGCCCCGCGCUCGGCUCGCGAAGCGCGCCGCUCCGAGGCUCGCUCGAGGAGCUGUGGGCGCUCGUGCAGCCACACGCUCGCGGAGCGGGAGGGCGUCUGGCCUGGGGCCUGUCGCUCACUCUCUCUCUCUGGGGUCUCUCCUCGCCCGACACGGCUCUCCGCACGCGCGGACGCGCGUGA